GUCUGGUUGAGGGGGCACAGUUGCAGCUCUAAUUCAACCUCGACUCAACAAUCACACGCACCCCGUCGCCGAGAAAGCGCACGGAUGGACAUUGUCUCGGCAGCUCCAGAUCCAAAGUGCCUCAGCCCAGCCGCUAACAUGGCUCUUGUCGUACGGAAUGCACCUCAUCACCUGCCACUAUGACCUGACUGCCACUGCCACUGCCUCUGCCUCUGCCACUGCCACUACCACUGGCCGGGAUGCUGACACUGAGGCUACGAAUAGGCCGUGGGACAGCUGACGUCGACGGCGAGCAUGGCACACAACCUGGCGCAGUGCCGCGUGCUUGUGCAGAAGGCCGUGCGCGCCGGCGCCAAGGCCCUGUUCCUGCCCGAGGCCAGCGACUACAUUGCCGCGUCGGCCGACGAGACGGUGCGCCUGGUGCGCGGCGUGCAUGACAGCGAGUUCGUGCUGGGCCUGCGUGACGAGGCCCGCCGCGCGCGUCUGCCCAUCCACGUCGGCGUCCACGAGCCUGGGUGCCGCGACGAUGGACUCCGUCGAGUCAGGAACACGGUCCUGUGGAUUGAUGAUGGUGGUGAUAUUGCCCACCGAUAUCAGAAGAUCCAUCUCUUCGAUGUCGAUAUCAAGGACGGGCCUGUUCUCAAGGAGAGCAACUCGGUAGAGCCGGGCGCGGAGAUCCUGCCGCCGUUCGACACGCCACUCGGCAAGGUGGCGUCGACCAUCUGCUUCGAUCUGCGCUUCCCCGAAAUCGCCAUCGCGCUCCGCCGACAGGGCGCCGACAUCAUCACGUACCCGUCGGCGUUCACCGUGCCGACCGGCAAGGCGCACUGGGAAAUCCUGCUGCGGGCGCGGGCCAUCGAGACACAGUCGUACGUGAUCGCGGCGGCGCAGGUCGGGCGCCACAACGAGAAGCGCGUCAGCUACGGCCACAGCAUAAUCGUCGACCCGUGGGGCGUCGUGCUGGCCGACCUUGGCGACAGCGGAGCCGCCGAGCCCGAGAUCGCCACGGCCGAGAUCGAUCACGAUCUGUUGCGGAAGGUGCGGACUGAGAUGCCGCUGAACAGACGGACAGACGUCUAUCCGGAGGUGUGAGGCUUUGAGAGCCAUCUGGCAUUGAGAGCAGGCAUGACCAGAGAUGGACGGUGGUCUGCUGUUGUAGCGUUUUGCUGCCAACCAGUGCCCCGGGCUCCCUUGUCCUUCCUUGGUUGCUUCCAAGGUGACGUACUUCUGCAUUGACUCCAGGCCACCAACGACUUACUCGACCCAAUCAUGUGUUAAUUUCGUGUUCUGAAAGCUUCCAACUCGCACAGCCUGUUUUGACAAGUCAAUUAUUUAGCUGCUCGCAAGGGGCGUAAUUAGAUUGAUGGAAGAUUUUGAGUUAGUAGGUAAAAUCAGUACCGAGGCA